AACAAUCAAACAGCUGUGCUUACAAGUUGCUCUUAAAAGAAAAACGUAAAUUGUUUAAAAGAAGUGGUGAAUUUGGUAAACAAUUGGUGAAAAUGACUUCGCCGUUGGAAAAUCUUGAAACUCAGCUGGAAAUGUUCAUCGAGAAUGUGCGGCAAAUACGCAUAAUCGUCAGCGACUUUCAACCGCAGGGACAGAAUGUACUCAACCAGAAAAUCAACAGUCUGGUCACUGGCCUCCAGGAAAUUGACAAGUUGCGGCCACAGGUGCAGGAUGUGUAUGUGCCAUUUGAGGUGUUCUUCGACUACAUCGACCAGGACAAGAAUCCCCAACUGUACACAAAGGACUGUGUAGAGAAGGCGCUGGCGAAGAAUGAAGAAGUGAAGGGCAAAAUCGAGAGCUUGAAGAAGUUUAAGUCAAAUCUACUACUGGAAUUAUACAAGACAUUUCCCACAGAGAUGAACAACUACCGAGCAUAUAGAAAAGACUCGAUCUAGGCAAUAGAAAAUGCACAUAAUAAUAAGACUCAUUUGUAUGUUUUUUAAGUGAAAAUAUAUGCAUCUAUGUACUUA